AUGUUCGAAGGUCGACCUCGAGAUUCUUGUCUGGUUUCAACGCUUUUCACCAUGCCAAGCAACAAAGAAACCAAAUGGAGCUUUUUGAUUUCUGGGAAACGCCCUUUCCUCAACAACAACGACGACGAGAGCGAUCUUCAUAACCACCACAAGAAGAAGAUUCACAAGCUCACCGAUUUCUUAAAUCGUAACAGAGGAGACGAUGUCGACGACUGUUCCGCCGCCGCGAGCGACGACGGAGAAAACGGAUCUUCAGAUUCGGGAACGCUAAUCCCAGGGAUGAACAAAGACGACUCAAUCACCUGUUUGAUUCGUUGCUCUCGAGCCGAUUACUGCUCCAUCGCUUCGGUGAAUCGGAGCCUACGCGCUCUGAUUCGAAGCGGAGAGAUUUACAGGCUCAGGAGGUUACAAGGGACGCUCGAGCAUUGGGUUUACUUCUCGUGCCAUCUCAACGAAUGGGAAGCUUUUGAUCCGAGAUCGAAGCGGUGGAUGCAUUUGCCGAGCAUGCCGCAGAACGAGUGUUUCAGGUACGCAGACAAAGAGUCUCUCGCUGUCGGAACAGAUUUGCUUGUGUUCGGUUGGGAAGUGAGCUCCUAUGUAAUCUAUAGAUACAGUCUCUUGACUAACUCUUGGUCUACCGGGAAGAGCAUGAACAUGCCUAGAUGCUUGUUUGGCUCCGCUAGCUACGGCGAGAUCGCGGUUUUAGCCGGCGGUUGCGAUUCUUCCGGUAGGAUUCUCGACACGGCGGAGAUGUAUAACUACGAGGACCAGACUUGGUCGGUGUUGCCGGGGAUGAACAAGCGGAGGAAGAUGUGUUCCGGCGUGUUUAUGGAUGGGAAGUUUUAUGUGAUCGGUGGGAUUGGUGUUGGGGAAGGUAACGAGCCUAAAGUUUUGACUUGUGGUGAAGAGUUUGAUUUGAAGACUAGUAAAUGGAGAGAGAUCCCGGAGAUGUCGCCGCCGCGGUCGUCGUCGAACCAAAACGGGAACGGAAUGUCUGCGGCGGCCAUGGCGCCACCGCUGGUGGCGGUGGUGGAUGAUCAGCUUUACGCGGCGGAUCAUGCGGGGAUGGCGGUGAGGAGGUAUGAUAAGGAGAGGAGAGUUUGGAGGAAAGUUGGGAACUUGCCUGAGCAGGCGGGUUCGAUGAACGGUUGGGGUUUAGCGUUUAGGGCUUGUGGGGAUCGGGUUGUGGUGAUCGGUGGACCUAAGGCUCCCGGUGAAGGGUUCAUUGAGCUUAACUCAUGGGUUCCGAGUGAUGCUGCACCGGAGUGGCAUUUACUUGGCAAGAAACAGUCGGUUAAUUUCGUUUACAACUGUGCCGUUAUGAGCUGCUAA